GGAAGUGCCAGUCGCUGCUGAACGUUGAUCUGACUAGAGGCUGCCGAUACCCGCACUCUGGGAGUCAUGUCCCGAAAGCAGUCGGGACGGAGUCGGCCAGACAAGAAAGCCGAAUUAGAGCGGAAGAAAGACGAAAGGGCGGCGCGCCGGGCGUGGGUUAACGAACGUAAGAAUCGGGCUGCAGAGAACUCGGACGCCGAGGAAUUUGUCAGUUUCCGGAACCAGCUUCACGUUUUGGGUCUGAGGGUUCGGGAAGUCCCAGGAGACGGGAACUGCUUAUUCAGAGCCCUGGGAGACCAACUGGAAGGCCACUCGAGGAAUCAUUUAAGGCAUCGGCAGGAGACGGUGGAUUAUGUGAUCAAACACCGGAAUGACUUUGAGCCGUUUGUGGAGGAUGAUGUGCCCUUUGACCGACACGUCGCCAACUUGGCCAAGUCUGGUACCUUUGCUGGCAACGACGCUAUUGUGGCUUUUGCUCGGAAUAAUCAAGUCAACGUAGUCAUUCACCAGUUGAACAAUCCUCUGUGGCAGAUCCGAGGGAGCGACAAGGUUGAUUCCCGGGAGCUGCACAUCGCUUACCGAUAUGGCGAGCAUUACGAUAGCGUUCGCCACAUCAACGACAAUGCAGAGGUGCCAGCAAACCUACAGACAGAGAUGCUUUCCAAAGACAAAGCAAACCAGAGGCAGAAGCCAAAUGUAUUGGAUGAGAGGUUGAAACUACACAAUGAUGCUGUGCAGAAAGUGCGGAACGCCACUGGUUGUGCGGAUGUCCGUCUCAUACUGCAGAGCUUAGAGGCUGAGAGCUACGACGUUGAUUCCGCUAUCCAUUCCAUAUUACAGGAGCUGAGGCUGAUUGAUGAAGACUCUGCUGCUGACGUCUCACACUGUCACUGCCCAUCAGCAUCUCUGGACAGCAGACAAUAUGGCAGAUCAGAGAGUCUUGGGCAGGAACAAAUGUUAAACACCAACCUCGAUGCGGCUGAGCCACAGACUGGGGAGGCAGAGACAAAGCCAGACCUCAGUGAUGAGACCAGAGUCGAUCUCAGGAACAACGUGCAAGAAAAUACAGCCAGUAAAGACCAACAAAAGCUGAGCAACAAGCAGAGGAAAGAUCAGCAACGGCAGGAGAAGAAGAAGCGGCAGGAGGAACGCCACCGUCAGAAGGUGCAGGAGGGCCGGGGGAAAGUGGCACAAAACAACAGACAAGAGACUGAGAACUCACAGGUCACCAUGGUAAAGGCUUUUGAAGCUCUGAAUAUCUAAGAUCCCAUUGGACUUGGACUCAGAAUUGUGUUCUGCAGAGAGUGUCAUUACUUAUCUGCCUCAUUCCUAACCCUGCAGUAUUCUCCCUGAGAGACGAUACAAGACUUAGCAUGCAUGCUGGGACGUCGCAUCACCUCUGCCUUGCACUUUGCAUUAAAACUACGCGGUUUAAUAAAUUAUAUUUUUAAAUAAAAAA